ACGGAGCCGAGACGCCAUUACAGGGUGGAGAAUCUUCACUUUAAACACAAACUAGAAGGAUACCAAUCUGUUAUUCAAAAGGGACACUGAUUUGGUGAGUCGUGCUGUUAAGGGAUCAUUGAAAUAUCUGCGAAAAUGGCUGAGAAAACCGCUCUUUUUGAAAGUUUCCUGAGCUGCCAUGUGUGUUCAGAGACUUUCAGAGAUCCUGUGUCUCUGAGCUGCAACCACAGCUUCUGUUCGAGCUGCCUGCAGAAAUUCUGGGAACAAAGUAAGAACAAAAACUGUCCCAUUUGUAAAAGAAAGUCCACAACGGAUGAACCGGCAGUGAAUUUAACUCUGAAGGAGCUGGCUGACUCCUUUGUUGAGAAGCAGAAACAAUGUUCACCUGAGACAGAAAAAGAAAAGGAGAAAGAGGAGGUGGUGUGUAGUAAACAUCCAGAAGUCCCUUAUUGGUUCUGUAAGGAUGAAGAUAGAGCUGUGUGUCCUGUCUGUGAGUUUUCUCUCCACCAGAGUCACAAGGUGGUUCCUGUAGAACAAGCAGUCAUUGAGCUGAAGGACCUGCUGAAAUCUGACUUAGAGUCUCUGCAGGACAAGAGGGACAAAUACAAACGAGUGGAGGAAACAUACAAUGAAGUGACUCAAGUGUCCAAGAAGCAGCUGCUGUCCACAGAGAGGCAGAUCAGAGCAGAGUUCAACAAGCUCCAUCAGUUCCUGAAAGAGGAAGAGGAGUCCAGACUGGCAGCUCUGAGGGAGGAAGAGGAGCAGAAGGGGAAGACUAUCAGCAGAGAGAUGAAGAGCAUUCAGGAGCACAUCUCCUCUCUGUCACACAGUAUCUCUGCUGUUGAAGAAGAGCUGCAGAAACACAACGGGCCCUUCCUCAGCAGUUAUAAAGCCACUCAGAGCAGAGCCAGAGUCCAGAGCUCACUGUCAGACCCACAGCUGCUCUCAGGAGCGCUGACAGAUGUGGCCAAACACCUGGGCAACCUGUCCUUCAGAGUCUGGGAGAAGAUGAAGGACCAGGUCCACUUCAGUCCUGUCAUUCUGGACCCAAACACUGCAAGCCGCUGGCUCUAUCUGUCUGAUGAUCUGACCAGUGUGAGACAAGGAGACAAAGAUCAGCAGCUUCCUGAUAAUCCAGAGAGAUUCACUAAGUAUGCUGAUGUUCUGGGCUCUGAGGGCUUCAGCUCAGGGAAACACAGCUGGGAGGUGGAGGUGGGAGAUCAUCCUCACUGGGUUGUAGGUUUGACUAAAGAGUCAGCUGACAGGAAGGGAAAGACAUUUGUCUCACCAGAAUAUGGAAUCUGGUGUUUAAAACAUCGCAGUGGAGAAUUCACUAAUGGUGAUGGUGAGACUGUCAGAGUGAAGAAGAAUCUCCAGAGGAUCAGAGUCCAGCUGGACUAUGACAGGGGGGAGGUGUCCUUCUACGACCCUGAAGACAUGACUCCCAUCUGCACUCACAGAGACACUUUCACUGAGAAACUCUUCCCAUGGUUCAGUAUUGGAAAAGCUGGUGAUGCUAAAACUGCUGAUAUCAAAAUCUGUCAAACUGAGAUUCCUCUGAGAUGCUCAGGUAGUGUGGUGAGGUCUGAGUGAUUAUCAUUUUUAAUUAAGUGGUGUUUUUUGUCAGUUACAAAUAUUUCCACUUUGUUGUUUAAAGAUGUCAAUCCUGUAAUUUGAAAGUUCAAUAACAUUCAGAGAUUCAGGUUACAGAAAUAGAUAAGCCCUUUUCUCUUUCAGAGGAUAACAUAAUGUAACACAUUCACUUGUUUUAUAAUAUUAAAUAUAUUUUCAAAUUCAGAAUGACACACUAAAGCAUAAAUGUAGUUAGAAUUAAGAAAAUGGUGUUUGUAAUGUAAAUAUGUUGAAAACGGGUUCAUUUAAAGCAAUCACUUUGUGUCACUUGUUUCUAUUAAUGUUUCCAGAGAUGAGAAAUAACCAUACUGUACGUUUGAUCUUUAUGUGUAAAUCAUUUAAACACAAAGCAUUUUCUUUACUUUUUAUUUUUGUACUUUCACAAUAACUUAUUUUUACCCAAUUAGUUAAUAGCUCUCUCUAAACGGUAUUAUCUCAAAGACUAUCCUGAUACAUUAACAUCAGUGUUUGAUACAUGUGUUUAGUGCAGCUGUGUGUUAUUCACCUAUAAUCUGUUCAUCAUGUGUGACUGUUGACCGUCAGACAUUUCAUAUAUUAUUUCAUUUUUGUAAUAACUUGUGUGGUAAUGUUUAUAUUUCUCUUCAAGGUUAGAUUAGAGGAACACAAAGUUGCAAGAAAACAAACAAAAUGUUCUCUUAGAAAUAGUUUGGAUUAGUUUAGCAAAUAUCAAUAAAGUGAAUCAUUAAGUCAAUAAAUGUUGAUAUCGUUUGUUGUCAAUAAGUAUCAGACAA